AUGCUGAAGCCGGGCGACCCGAGCGGCUCGGCCUUCCUGAAGGUGGAUCCGUCCUACCUGCAGCACUGGCAGCAGCUCUUCCCUCAGGCGCAGCUGAAGGCUCCUCAUCCUCCUCAUCCUCCUCAUCCUCCUCAUCCACCUCCUCCACCCGACCGCCUCUCCAUCCCCAUGGACGCCCUGCGCCCGUCACGUCUGCACAGCCACCUCCUGGCCUCCACGCACUGCACCUCCUCCUCCUCCUCUUCUUCUACGUCGUCCUCGGCCUCCUCCUCAGCUGCAGCAGCUCUCACCCCGUCCUCCUCCUCCAUCUCCAUCUCCUCCUCCGCAGGGAUCUCACAGCUGCCCGUCCCACAGCAGAUCGCUCUCUUCGGGCAGGCGUUGGCCCCGGUGUGUGCCGGGCCUGGAGGAGGUGGAGGAGGUGGAGGAGGAGGAGGACCAGGAGGAGAUCUAAUGGGUGGUGUUGGUAAACCGGCCCGGUUCAGGCUGACGUCGGAGGAGCUGGACUACUACCUGUACGGACAGCAGAGGAUGGAGAUCAUCCCUCUGAGCAACCAGACGGGAGAGCUCAACAACCGUUGCGACAUGUGUGCAGACAACAGGAACGGCGAGUGUCCGAUGCACGGCCCUCUUCACUCUCUGCGGCGCCUCGUCGGCACCAGCAGCACGGCGGCGCCCGUCACGCUGCCGGACGUCCCUGAUUGGCUCAGAGAUCUGCCCCGAGAGGUGUGUCUCUGCACCAGCACGGUUCCUGGUCUGGGUUAUGGGAUCUGUGCGUCUCAGAGGAUCCCUCAGGGAACCUGGAUCGGCCCGUUCCAGGGAAUCCCUCUGCUGCUGGACAAACUGCACUCUGGAGCCGUCAGGAACAGCAGACACCUGUGGGAGAUCUACGAUGCAGAGGGGACGUUACAGCACUUUAUUGACGGUAAUGAUCCCAGUAAGUCCAGCUGGAUGAGGUAUAUCCGCUGUGCCAGACACUGUGGGGAGCAGAACAUGAUGGUUGUACAGUACAGGUCCUGUAUCUUCUACAGAGCGUGCAUGGAUAUCCCCAGAGGAACAGAGCUGCUGGUUUGGUACAACGACUCCUACACUUCCUUCUUCGGCAUCCCGCUGCAGUGCGUCGCUCAGGACGAAAACUUAAAUGUCCCAAACACAGUCAUAGAAGCGAUGACCAGGCAGGAGUCCCUUCAAUCCUUCAGCAAGAACGGCAAACCCUCCUCCUCCUCCUCCUCCUCCUCAUCUUCCUCCUCCUCCACCCCCUCCACCGCCCUCAUGCGCUCCAUGGUCUUCCCCCACUCCCCCUGCCCCAGGAACUUCUCCCUCAUGGACAAGGUCGGGAUCGGGGUUCAGUCGGACAUCAGUUACGGCCAGCUGGGGUCAAAGAACCAGCGGAUCCUGGCGAGCCCGACCUCCACCAGCCAGCUCAGCAGCGACUUCAGCGACUGGCACCUGUGGAAGUGCGGCCAGUGCUUCAAGACCUUCACCCAGAGGAUCCUGCUGCAGAUGCACGUCUGUCCGCAGAACCCAGACAGGCCGUACCAGUGUGGCCACUGCUCCCAGUCCUUCUCCCAGCCAUCAGAUCUGAGGAACCACGUGGUGACGCACUCCAGCGACCGACCCUUCAAAUGCGGAUACUGCGGCCGGGCGUUCGCCGGCGCCACGACGCUCAACAACCACAUCCGCACGCACACCGGGGAGAAGCCGUUCAAGUAA